UCUGGCUCAACUCCUCUGUGGAGGAAGUCGGAAGUUGGCCCGUGUGCUGUGCUGUGGGCACUGCUGUGGGUAGAGUGCUUGGUAGAGCCACGCCAUGGUGAGCGAGAGGCUUCUGUUCUCAGACGGGGAGGAAUGUUCAGUCACGACUGCAGUGACCUAUGAUGAUGUGCAUAUUGACUUCACUUGGGAGGAGUGGACUUUGAUGGAUCCUGCCCAGAAGAAUCUCUACAAAGAUGUGAUGCUGGAGACCUACAGGAACCUCACUGCUAUAGGCUUCAGUUGGGAAGACCAUAAUAUUGAAGAACAUUGUCAAAGUUCUGGAAGACAUGGAAGGUUCAAAAAAUGUCAUACUGGAGAGAAACCCUGUGAAUAUAUUCAUUGUGCUAAAGCCUUUUCACAACACAGUCAUCUUCAAAUGCAUGAAAGAACAUACUCUGGAGAGAAACCCUACAAAUGUAAUCAUUGUGAUAAAGACUUUGCAUAUGCCACUAGUCUCCAACUACAUGAAAGAACACAUAUUGGAGAGAAACCCUACAAAUGUAAUCAAUGUGAUAAAGCCUUUUCACACCACAGUGUUCUCCAAAUACAUAAAAGAACACAUUCUGGAGAGAAAGCCCACAAAUGUAAUCAAUGUGAUAUAGCCUUUUCAAGUCACAGUCAACUCCAAAUACAUGAAAGAACACAUACUGGAGAGAAACCCUACAAAUGUAAUCAAUGUGAUAAAGCCUUUUCACACCACAGUGUUCUCCAAAUACAUAAAAGAACAUAUUCUGGAGAGAAAGCACACAAAUGUAAUCAAUGUGGUAAAGCCUUUACAAGUGCCAGUGGUCUCCGAAUACAUGAAAGAACACAUACUGGAGAGAAACCUUACAAAUGUAAUCGAUGUGAUAAAGCCUUUUCACAACACUGUCAUCUCGAAACGCAUGGAAGAACACAUACUGGAGAGAAACCAUACAAAUGUAAUCAAUGUGAUAAAGCAUUUUCACGACGCGGUCACCUCCAAAUACAUGAAAGAACACAUACUGGAGAGAAACCCUACAAAUGUAAUCAUUGUGAUAAAGACUUUGCAUAUGCCACUAGUCUCCAACUGCAUGAAAGAACACAUACUGGAGAGAAACCCUACAAAUGUAAUCAGUGUGAUAAAGAUUUUUCACGACACGGUGAUCUCCAAGUACAUAAAAGAACACAUACUGGAGAGAAACCCUACAAAUGUAAUCAAUGUGAUAAAGCCUUUUCUGGACACAGUAAUCUUCAGAUUCAUAAAAGAAUACAUUCUGGAGAGAAACUCUACAAAUGUAAUCAGUGCGAUAAAGACUUUUCACGACAUAGUUAUCUACAAAUACAUGAAAGAACGCAUACUGGAGAGAAACCCUACAAAUGUAAUCAAUGUGAUAAAGGCUUUUCAGAACGCAAUGCUCUCCAAAUACAUAAAAGAACACAUACUGGAGAGAAACCCUACAAAUGUAGUCAAUGUGAUAAAGCCUUUGCAUGGACCACUAGUCUCCAAAUACAUAAAAGAGCACAUACUGGAGAGAAACCCUACAAAUGUAAUCAAUGUGAUAAAGCCUUUUCACAACAUGUUAAUCUUCAAAGGCACCAAAGAAUACAUUCUGGAGAGAAAUCAUAUGAAUGCAAUCAAUGUGGUAAAGCCUUUGCAAGUGUGAGUAGUCUCCAAAGACAUAAAAGAACACAUACUGGAGAGAAACCCUAUGAAUGUAAUCAAUGUGAUAAAGUCUUUGCAUGUGCCAGAAAUCUCAGAGUACAUGAAAGAACACAUGCUGGAGCAUAACCCUAUAAAUGCAAUCAAUGUGAUUAAGACUUUUCAUGACACAUUCUGGACAGAAACCCUACAAGUGUAAUCAAUGUAGUUAAAGCCUUUGCAUGUGGUCUAUAAAUACAUAAAAGAACACAAUCAGGAAAGAAACCAUACAAAUGUAACCAAUGUGAUAAAGCCUUUUCAUGACACAGUAAUCAUUACAUGCAUGAGAACACAUUUUAGAGCAAAACCCUAUGAAUGUAAUCAAUGUAGUAAAGCCUUUGCAUGAAUCAGCAGUCUUUGAAAUCGUCAGAAAAAAAUAAUCACACUACAGAGAAACCCUAGAAAGGUAGUGAGUGUGGCAAAGUUUUGCACUUCAUGUUAGUCUUUAUUACAAGAGUAAAAUUUCAGUAUGUAAUUGGUAUUUUAAAGUCUUUUCAUUUUUACAGUAGUCUUUGAGGACCUGAAAAAACUGAUACUCAAGGAAAUCUGGCCAUAAAGGGUUUGGUAAGAUCUUUAUUCACCUGACUUAAAUUCAGUUACACAAGUUCAUUCUGUAGAAGAAAUCUGACAAGUGUCACCAAUCUGUUCAAGCAUUAUAAUGUCUCUCUUUAUUUUAUUUGCACCUGCAAACUCAUAUGGUGAAAAUAACUAUGAAUUUAAAUGAUGAGGUAACCCUUUUGAGUUCCACAGUUCUCUUAAAUUACAUGAAAUAACAAUCCAGUUGUAAAAUUUAAUUGAUGUGUGUUAAUGUCUUUUCUGUUGCUGUGAUAAAACUUUAUGCCUAAGUCAACUCAUGAGUGAGCCCUUGGUUCCAGAGGGAUACAGGAUCACCAUGAAAGUGGCAUGGCAACAAGUGUCAAACAUGGCAGCUGAAUCAGGAAGCUAAGAACUCAUAUCCCACCCAUAGCAUGAAGGUGAAAAUGGGAACUGGAAAUGGUGUGUAGAUGUGAACUCAUGCUCAACCCCAGGGACUUACUUCUUCCAGCAGGACAAGCAUUACCCAUAUCUUCCCAAAUGAUACCACCAACUGAGAAAGAUUGAUUUCUCUGACUGCAAGCCUACAUGCCUGCUUUCUGUUUUAUGACCCAGUUCAUGAUGAAGAAAAACUCUGUAAGUAAGCCUUGAUGCUUCCACACCUGAGUUACAGGAAUAAACGCUUACAAGAGAAAAACGUUCUUGAGUGUAAAUCUGAUUGCUUAAAGAUUUGUUUUAAUUUUAAUUAUAUGAUGUUAUUGUUUCUUUUUGUGGGUAUGUGCAUUCUGGUUCCCAAGAAGUUUAGGCCAUUGGAUCUUCUUUUAGCAGGAAUUACAGGGAGUUGUUAAAGACCUGGCUUCGUCCUGGGAACCUCUCUUAACUGUCUGGCUAUUUCUCCCACCCUGUAAAUAUUUCAAAGCUGUCACAUAUAGUCUUGAUGUCAGGAAAUAGGAAAUAAUUCAUACAAGAGAAAUAUUGUAUUCUGGUAAACGAUUUGGUUAAGACUUUAGACAUCACAAUUAUC